AUGACACCGCCAAUCAAGCACAACGAUACCGAGUCCUUUGAAGACUUCUGUCUCGAUGUAUCCUCCUUGGUGGGCAUGCUUGAAUCCUUAGACGGCCAAGCCGAAGUGGAGCUUCGAUGUGGCUCACAUGUAGACAAGCUGCUGAGCAAACUCUCCCCGAGUCUCCGCACCAGUUUCAUAGAGCACUGCAUCAAGAAGGGUAUACUCAAGCCGAACUCAGGUGAAACGUACACUCUUCCCCAGUUUGCCGCGUGGCUGAGGUUGAAGUCACAGUCGCAGAUGCUCGCCAAACAAGCCGUUACCGGUCACAUCCAAGAUCAGAGUAGUUCCAGAGUAAACCGAGAUCAUCGACCGGUGAAGCAGAAGCCAACUCCGACAUCUGCAUUCCUGACAGGAGGCAAGCAGGAGAAAUCUGUGAGCCCCAAAUACACCAAGCCGAAGCCAAAGCCGUUCUGUCCGUUCUGUGAUGGGAAAGAUCACUUCUUGAAUGGCUGUCAGACCUUCAAGGCACUUUCUACCGAGGAGCAAGUGAAGUGGAUCCAAGAGAAUAAACGCUGUUGGAAGUGUUGCCGCAAGCAUGAACCCGAUGCAUGCACCUUGAAGAAACCAUGCCACCAGUGUAAGGAAGUGCACCUUACAGUUCUGCAUGAGGCUGCCCAGAAGGCUACAAGUGUUUUCAUGGUGAAACCUACAAGCCAGUCCGUUUAUGUGGACAAACCUAGCCGACCAUGCAAUACCAUGCUGAAAGUGGUAAGAGUUACCCUCCACGGUCCAGACAGCAACAUUGACUCUUAUGCAGUACUUGAUGAUGGAUCUGAGCGAACCAUGUUACUUCAAGAUGCAGCACAACAGCUUAAGCUCAGCGGAACACCAGAGACUAUGCAUCUACGAACAGUCAGAGAAGACCUUGUCAUCUGUCAAGGUCAAUCCGUGUCUCUGUCUGUGUCACCCCAUGACAAGCCAGAUGUGAAGUUCUCCCUGGAUGGUGUCUUUGCUGCUGGUAACCUAUGCCUGUCCGAAUACACGUAUCCAGUCAAGAUACUGCAAGAGUGCUACCCACAUCUUCGUGACUUGCCACUGCCUUUGGUUGAUAGAGCUCGACCAGUCAUCCUAAUUGGGUCAGAUCACGUUGACCUCAUCGCCCCAAGACGACCUAUCAGGUUUGGCCCUAGUGGGACACCGGUAGCCGCUCUCACAAGACUGGAUUGGACUCUCCAUGGACCAGCCAGCAUUUUGAGUAUCGUGGUGCACAUAACACUGCCCCAUGGUCUCCGCGAUCAGUGCAUUGAUGUUGUGCCUUAUGUGAACGAAAAGCACGUCGUUCGCUCCAAGCAAGAUCAACGUGCGGUGCAACUUCUAGAAGACAAGACAGCCCGUGUGGUUGAGGGAGGAAUUCAGCGUUAUGUAACUCCCCUCUUGCGAACUGACAACGCCAAGUUCCAUGCUCCAAAGGAGGCUGUACUUCCAACCCUGAGAAGAACAGAAAGGCGCCUUGCAACCCGACCAUCGCUGGCAGAGAAACACAACGAGCUGAUCCAGAAGCUAGUAGAUGCUGGUUACGUCAGAAUCCUGGCAGUGGAAGAUGCUGCAAAGUCUGAAGAAUCCUGGUACAUUCCGCAUCACACAGUCGAACACAACGGGAAAUUUCGCCUUGUGUUUAAUUGUUCCUUCCAGUAUCAGAACCAGAUACUCAAUGAGCACCUACUUCCUGGUCCAUCCCUCGGUGCAUCGCUCCUUGGGGUACUGUUGCGUUUCCGCCAACAUGCUGUAGCAGUGUCAGGGGACAUUAAGGCAAUGUUCCACCAAGUAAGGCUGCAGCCCACCGAAAGAUGUCUCUUCCGCUUCCUGUGGAGAAACAUGAAGACCGACACCGAACCCAAGAUCUAUGAGUGGCAGGUACUACCCUUCGGAGCAACAUGCAGCCCCUGUUGCGCCACUUAUGCGCUACGUAAGCAUGCCUUUGAUCAUCGAGAGAAGUCUGCUGAAGUUGCUGAUGCAGUGGAUAGAUCCUUCUACGUCGAUAACUGCCUAGUCAGUGUACCACAGGAAGACGAAGCCAAGGCUCUCGUCCACAACAUGCGUGACUUGCUUGCCAAGGGUGGUUUUGAGAUUCGUCAAUGGGCCAGUAAUGUACCCAACGUUGUAGCCGAUCUCCCUCCUGAAGCACGUUCAGAUGGCUGUGAUCUCUGGCUUACGUUUGGAGAGACAGACUUGGCCGAACCCAUGCUCGGACUCCAGUGGGACUGUAGCACAGGUGAUCUGCAAUACCGGCACCGGGUAGUCAACUAUGAUUGCCUGAACAUGAGAAACAUGUACAAAACCUUAGCCAGCCAGUAUGAUCCAAAUGGGUACCUCACACCAUUCACUGCCAGAGCCAGAGUUAUCGUACAGGACUUAUGGAAGACCAAACGUGACUGGGACGAUGCCCUGGAGCCCGGAGAGAUUAUGGACCGAUGGCGAGCCUGGGAACAUGAGCUACCAAACCUGUCUGUCAUCAAACUAACUAGAUGUUACACGCCCCCUGAUGUCAACCCAGAAACAGCCAGUCGCCAGCUUCACAUCUUCUGUGACGCGUCUGAGAGGAUCUACGGUGCAGUUGCCUACCUCCGGACGGAAGAUGAGAAGCAUACCAUACACACCAGCUUUGUAAUGGCCAGGUCCCGAGUUGCGCCAAAGAAACAGCUGUCCAUGCCCCGCCUCGAGCUCUCGGCCGCUUUGGCAGGGGCUCAAUUGUCCAGUCUCCUUCAGCAAGAGUUGACUCUACCCCUAGAAGAUAUUGUUCUCUGGAGUGAUUCUACGACAGUCCUGACAUGGCUGAAGUCGGAGUCCUGUAGGUAUAAAGUCUUUGUGGGGACCCGAGUGGCCCAGAUCCAGACCCUGACUAACGUGGACCAAUGGCGCUACGUUGACACGAAAAAUAAUGCAGCUGAUGAUCUGACGAGAGGGAAAAGUCUGCUGUCACUCAGUCAACCCUGCAGAUGGCGAGACGGGCCACCAUUCCUAUCCGCAAGCCCUGAUCUUUGGCCAGCCUUCCCAUAUGCACGUGCCCUAGCUGAGGAUUCCUCGGAGCUGAAGAAAUCCUCCUUCUGCGGUAUAGUGACCGUGGAACUGGCUGACAUCCCAGACCUGGAGAACUACAAAUCUAUGGAUGAGCUCAUCGAGGCAUCUAAGCAGCUCUGUGACGGGGCGGCGAAGGAUGAUGGUCCUGUUGAACUAACAGCUGAUCAGCGAGCAGAAAUUGAGCUUCACCUAUUCCAACGAGCCCAGAAAUCCAGUUUUCCCGAAGAGUGGGGUGCCCUCAAGGAUGGUAAGGAGCUCCCUCGAGGAAGAAGACUGCUGCAGCUCUCGCCAGAGUGGGAUGGAGAUGACCAAGUCAUCAGAGUUGGGGGCCGGCUGCGUCAUGCUGAAGGAAUCCCGCUAUUCACCAAGCAUCCAAUUGUGCUCGACCCUGCACAUCCUGUAACUAAGCUCCUUAUCCAGGACUUUGACCAGAGACUCAUGCACUAUGGUCCAGAACGUGUCCAUGCCGAAAUCAGAAGAAGAUUCUGGAUUCUUCGUGGUCGACAGGCUGUCCGCAAACAUCAGCGUCAAUGUUUUGACUGCCAGAGGUGGAGAGCCACUCCAAGUGUCCCUAAGAUGGGGGAUCUUCCUUCUGCCCGCCUCCGAAUCCAGCAGCCACCAUUCUACUCCACAGGCGUUGACUGCUUUGGGCCGAUGACUGUCAAGAUAGGCAGGCGAACAGAGAAGCGUUGGGGCAUCAUUUUCAAAUGCAUGACAACGAGAGCAGUGCAUUUAGACCUACUUGAGAGUCUUGACACCGAUGCCUUUCUGAUGGCUUUCCGAAGAUUCGCCUCCCGAAGGGGGAAGCCGUAUGAGCUGCUGUCGGACUGCGGAACCAACUUCAAAGGGGGUGCUUCUGAGCUGAAGGAAGCCUUCUCAGCGAUGGAUCCAGCCCUACAGCAAGAGCUUGCCAAACACCAAGUAAGAUUUCGUUUCAACCCUCCAAAUGCCCCACAUUUCGGAGGAUUGUGGGAGAGAGAGAUCAAGUCAGCCAAGUAUGGCCUGCGAGUUGUCCUCAAUGAUCAGACGGUACCAGAGCAAGUCCUUCGCACCGUACUCAUCGAGGUCGAAGGAAUUCUCAACUCGAAGCCUCUUGGCUACACAUCCUCAGACAUUGCCGACAUUGACCCUGUCACACCGAAUGUCCUUCUGAUGGGGCGCUACGACCCAGCUUUACCUCAAGUUGUCUAUCCAGCCAAAGACCUAGUCGUCAGAAGUGGCAAAGAGAUGUGGUGGGUUUGUGCAAGAACGACGUCGUCAUGA